CCCACAAAAUGCAGCAUUCCAUUCAUCAACUGUCAUCUUCAAAAUGUUUUGGUGCUACUGUGGAAAGAUACUCACAUAUCUCUCCUACUUUAGGUAACACUUCAGCAAAGUUUCACGUGAUUGUGCCUCCGCAGAUAAAGGACAGAAAAGUACCCGUGCUAUAUUUUCUGGCUGGUUUAACUUGCAACGAUGAAACUUUUGUUCUUUACAGUGGAGCUCAACGUUAUGCAGCGUUUUACGGUAUUUUGGUUGUCUGUCCUGAUACCUCUCCUCGAGACACUGGAAUUGAAGGAGAAGAUCGCGAAUACAACUUUGGAAGUAGUGCAGGUUUUUAUGUAAACGCUACGACACAACCUUGGAACAAAUGUUAUCAUAUGUUUGAUUAUGUCACAAAGGAACUUCCAGAAGUGAUAUGUUCCAAUUUCAACGUGGAUAAUACUAGACAAAGUAUUUUUGGUCAUUCUAUGGGAGGACAUGGAGCACUUAUUUGUGCAUUGAAGAAUCCCACUCAAUAUCUUUCAGUCUCAGCUUUUGCUCCUGUGAGCAAUCCUUUAAACUGUUCCUUUGGUCGUAAAUGUUUAAGAGGCUAUUUGGGCAACGAUAAGGAGUCCUGGAAACAAUACGAUGCAACGGAGCUGAUAAAGGGAAAGGGUCCUCAAUUUUCAGAUAUAUUCAUUGACCAAGGAACUUUGGAUCCAUUUUUAAAAGACCAAUUGUUGGUAGAAAACUUUCAUAAAGCUUGUGACAUGGUGGGUCAGAAGUUGACACUUCGUAUGCGGCAAGGUUACGAUCAUGAAUAUAAUUUUAUUUCUACAUUUAUUCAUGAUCAUUUUGCUUAUCAUAAUUUAGCUUUGAGCCAAAAACCAAAUGCUUCCAUUUGAACAUUUUUGUUGUUAUUGAAAAGCUUUUGUUGAAUAAAGAUUUUUUUACAAUG